UACUGUUAAUUUAUACACUCUUAUCAGAAUGGUUACACAGGGGAGUUUCAUCAGCAGACCCAACUUUUUUUUUCUAGAGGUGUGUAAGAGUCAUAAUUCGUAAUUUGCCGCUAUUCUGACAAUGAUUCUUAUCUUUCUUCCCGUUUUAAUCCUGUUCCGUGUAGUAAAUAUGAAUCCGACGACACCUAACCAAUGAUGUUUUAAAAUGCUCCUUAGUAAGCCCCUAUACAUACCUCUUAUGCCACUGACAUAUUUAUUCUCGCGUCACCUGUCCGCUUCACAAUGUACUUAUAUUGUAAAAAGAAGAUCUGCAUGAAUUAAAUGUUGAUAACUCUUAGCUUCAGAACUAAUAAUAAUUCUCCAUUGUCUCCUUCAUGAUCAUUAGUUUAGGUUUUGUUCUAGUUCCUAUUUUUAAAUUUCAGUUACAAUUGUAGAGAGUUAGCCGAAGAAAUAUUAAUUAAUAAAAGGUUACCGUUCUUCCCCCUUUCCUAUCCCCCUAUUACCCUUUUUUGGCAGGCUAGAGUCGGCAUUUCAGUUAUUUGAACUUUGAAAAUUGAAAAAAACAUCUUGCUUAAUGAGCAAAACGCAUUCAAUCGCGCACGUAAAGUGAUUAUCAAUAUUGGUGUGUGUGGAGUCCUUUAACCCAACCAGCUGAAGCAGAUUGAUGUAUGAUAAUUUCUAGCAACAAUUUGAACCAAUAGAAUAGAUUAAUUUCCUUUAAAGACAAACAUAAAAAAGCCGUAGCUAAUAAACAGGUGAAAGCGUCAAACUGUGAACUUAACGGGGAAUUCGAAUCUCGUCUGGGCCAUAAACAACUGCUCAGAUUAAAGGCAGGUUCUGAUAAAGGCGGGGUUUCAUCAAUCUAAAUGAAAUGGCGAAUAUUUCUGUCAACACGAGUCUUUAUAACUCCCUGUCACCUUUUAACGUAGCACUGGUUGUUCUUUACUCGAUCAUCGUGGUCGUAGGCCUCGCAGGGAACAGCUUAGUCAUCGCCAUUGUGUGUAAAACAAGGUCCAUGUUUACCCCGACGAACAUCUUGCUGGCGAACGUUGCGGCGGCAGACAUCAUCUCACUAUUAUGGUGUCCAAUACCUUUAGUGAUUGGCCUUUCUGGUACAAACAUCUCUGGAGAAACAGCAGACUACAUUUGCAAAUUCUUUACUGGAUACUCAGUAACGUGUAUUACUGUUCCGGUAACUUUCCUGAGUUUGAUGAUUUUAGCGGUGGAGAGGUUCCAUGCCAUCGUCAAACCCUUCAACUCUGCAUUGGCGCUCACGAACAACCGUAUGGGUUUUGUUAUUGCUUUUAUCUGGAUCAUGGCAGCGGCCCUUUCCUUGCCGGGGUUCAUUUAUAGUAAAUACGAUGAACAGUUAGGAAGGUGCCUGGAUCCAUGGACUCUUGAGAAAGCAGGUUCAGUGCAAUGGCUUUUUGUCAUGCAAUUGGGUCUGUCUUUUCCUUUCUCGUGCUGUUUGUUUUAUUGCUAUUUUCAGAUACUGAAAGGAAUAUUCAUUAACAGAACUGUUUGUUCAGCAGAAACUGCAUCUUCAAGGCAGUCGAAUGUAAAGGAAAAGCGAAAACUCGCUUUAAUUUCUUUUACUGUCACAGUUGCUUACCACUUGUGUUAUCUGCCAUUUUUGGUGUUUGAGCUCUACACAGCUUUUCAACCUUAUCAAGCAAUUUUGGAUAACUACGAAGAUUUCUAUAAAGUUUAUCGAGUCGUUGGGUUUGUUAUGUACGUUAACUCAUGUUUGAAUCCGUUUUUCUAUGGCUUUCAGAGCUCGAAUUACCGAAAGAACUUUAUAAGACUCUUUACUAGAAAAACAAUGUCAGACAACAACUCCAUGACGCUCUGGUAAAGCCCCCUUGUUGAAAAACAAAAACAAAUUGCACUGAUAUAGCCCUAUGAACCCUACUAUGAUGAAAUUCAAGUUAAUUAAGGAUAACGCGAUCUAUUUUUGGGGUUCAGUAAUAUUUUUAUAACGUGUUUGCGAAGUGUUAUAAAAGGAACUGGUAAAUUAAUUCAUUUGUCAGAAACUUUUGCCAUGUCAUGUUCUAGUUAACGUUGUAGGACUUGUAGUAGGCAGUUGAUAAAGGUGUUCGGUGGGUAUUUUAUUUCUUUUGUUAAAGUGAAUGCAUGAAUGUCAUAAAGAAAAAUACACUAUUCAGUAUCCUAGGGUGGAAAGUUGUAAAUACAUUUUCUGCGUUAUUGUUUAGUCACUGCUCGCCGAUAAAAUGCAAAUUUACGUUCUCUAAUCUAAUCCGUAUAUGUUUUUAAAUGGAAACAUAUAUUACUAUAUUAUUGUCAUAUUAUAUUACUCAGUUUGGAACACAAUGUGUGUACUAAAGUUCAAACCGCAAAUAUUAACCUGGCCUAGCCCAUAAAAUAUCUUCUUUGUCUCAAAGAAAGAUUUUUUAAAUGAAACUGAGUCAUCUGCAUUUUCAUUUCAACUUUCCAGUAGAUAGAUAUGCAUGCAAUUAUAGGCCCGGAAACAAUAAAUGAAAAUGACAAUUCACGGACACGCUUUUUCUAAGGAGGACUAAUUGAAGCCAUUCCGCAAUAACUUGAUCAUGACUUUUCUGUAUUUAGCAAGUGGGGCUAAGGCCCGGUUCAUACGUCGCAUUUUUGCCGUGUCGAAUUCAACUCA